UGUCAUCGGAGUCAUCACACAGUAUCUCUCUCUCUUACCGAAUCCGCCAUUAUCAAAAGCAGGAGAGAGAAACAUACUCAGAGAUCGAGCUUCUACUUAUAGUAUAAAAACCCCCUAGAUUCCUUCUCUAAAACCCACACCUCGAACUCUCCAACAAUGCUCCAUCCAUCCUCUUCCUCUGCUUUCUUCUUCUUCUAAGAGAACAUCCAUUCUUGUUUGCUUUCUUUCUCCUCAUUGCUUGCUAUGGAACUUGGUAAAUCUCGAUUCUCCGAUUACUCUAUAGCUGGAAGUGAUUAUCCAGACGCCAUACCCAAACCUUUCUCUUCCUCUGUUUUCUUGUUUAUAAACUUUUGAAAAUCUUUGAAACACAAAUCACAAUGUUGAGUGCAUCAUCUUCCUCCUUUGCUCCUGCAUCAGCUGCUGCUAUGACCAUGGCUUCUUCACCACUCGUCUCCAGAUUUGCCGCUCAUCGUACUACUCUCAGGUGUGAUCUUCUUGAUCAACGUCGUCUUCCUUGUUCUUCUGGGAUUCAAAUGAAGAUGAGGAAUCCGAUUGCAACUGCCUCAGCUUCUGCUUUUAAUAAUGACGCACCAAGAACCAAAUCUUACAAAGAGGUCAUUAAGCCCUUCCGCCAAAUGUUUUCUCAAGAGAUCUCUUCUCAAUCCAAUGACUCUGAUAUUUCCAUUGCUAAGGUUCUCUUGUACAUUGCUGCUGAAGAUGAAGCCUUCUUGGCUUUUAACCGGGAGAUGGAUGCUCGUUUUUUCAUGAGAGAGAGGGAAACUAUCCAAGACAAGACAGAUUCUGAGGAGGAGCUGGAACCUGAUCCGAGCGAGACAGAUUCCGAGGAGUUGGACGGAAAGAGUAUAACCGAAUGGCUGAGCGAACUAGACGCAAUCUCCAAACAAGUAGAAGCAGAGUUACUCUCACGAGGCAUCAACAGCUGCAACGCAGUUCAAGUCCUCGAAGCUGUAAACACCGUCCUCUUCGACAUGAGAGGCUUCAAGAGGACAUCAACAUGCUUUGAUGAAGACCCCAAGGAUUACUACCUUCACUCUGUCCUUACCUCUAGAUGCGGCACUGCCUUCUUGUUUAGUGUAAUAUACAUUGAAGUGUGCCAGCGCCUCGGUGUGCCUAUCGUGGGAGCUAAGGUUGGGGAAGAGUUUUUGGUUUGGCCUGAGACUGAGAAUCCAGAAGAACUCUUUGAAGUUGCAACUUCAGGGAAGAGCUUGUUUGCUAUUGUCAAUGGAAAGUGCGUUGAUGAUCCUAAAUCAAUGGCAUCAGAGUUAACCGGAAAGUCACUUCUGGGUCUUGAUGUUGCUACAAACAGAGACAUUAUAGGGAUUGCUCUCGCCAAUCUGUUUAGGGUUCAUUGGAAACGUGCUUCGAAGCCAACACCUGGACAAAUGCUGACUGCUCCUCUUACUGAACUUAACAACUUCAGGAUUUCUAAUAUUCCAUUGUUGCGGCCUCAUGAUCUUAGGUUGGCUAUUGCGGCUGCUGAAAGGCUGUUGAUGUUGGAACCUAAUAACUGGCGAGUUCGAAGAGACCUUGGCAUGAUGCACUACUACGUCAGGCAAUGUAGAGAGGCGAUUAUAGAGCUGAGCAUAUGUAUAGCCUCCUUUGCGAUUGAGGAAGAAGAAGCAAAAGAGUUGAAGCUUUUUGUUGAGAAACUUCAUCGACUCUUUUCAUUGAUGUCUUCUCCCUUAGACUCUGAUCGCUUGGCCCUUCGUUGAAAACUCUCUCUCUCUCUCUAUUCCACUUGUAAAUACUCUCUGUUGUGUGUUUAGAAAGACCCUUUUGUGGAUGGGAGACAUGGAACUUUUGGUUGUGUGUAACUCUUUCACUUUCUUCCGAUCAUGAGUAAUAAACAAUUGAUUCCCCAGA